GAAGAGCCCUUGGGAGUUGGAGAACCUCCGAAGCCUCCUCGCAAUGGGCAACGCCAAUGCAAAGAAACCCCCGCAAGAACCGCCACCGCCACCGCCGGCGGAGCCCCAAUUCUCAACCUUCACCUGCGAAAUAUGCAUCGAGCCAACGCCGCCGGAGAGACGGUUCAGGAACAAUGCUCGGUGCGUCCACCCAUUCUGCGCGGACUGCGUCGCCAGGUACAUCCAGGUCAAGGUCGAAGACGACCGCGCCGCCCACGUCAAGUGUCCCGGCCUGCACUGCGAUCAUCUUCUCGACCCGAUCUAUUUCCGGCCGAUCAUUGGCCAGAAGCUGUUCGCCGCCUGGUGCGACGUGCUCUGCGACGACGCGCUGCUAGGGUUCGACCGCUGCUACUGCCCCAACAGGGAGUGCUCGGUGGUGGUGCUGAACGAGUGCGGCGGCAAUGUGAAGCGAUCGGAGUGUCCGAAUUGCAAACAGCUCUUCUGCUUCCAGUGCAAGCUUCCCUGGCACGCCGGCUACCGAUGCGAAGAGAGCGGACAAGCCAGGGACAGGAAUGAUAUCGUGUUUGGGGUUCUUGCCGAGAGAAAUAAGUGGAAGCGAUGCCCUAAGUGCUAUCACUGUGUGGAGCUCGUCGCUGGUUGCUCCAGUGUCAUGUGCAGAUGCGGCACCAGGUUCUGCUACAAGUGUGGAAUGAUUGUGCAUUAUUACGGGUGCGGCUGCAGCAGGAAUGCACUCUGGUUUUUGCUCGUUAGAAUCUGUAUAGUCCUUAUUGUCUUCUUGGAACUCUUUGCUCUAUCUAAAAUCUAUCAUAGACUUUACUGAAGAGGAAGCUGACUUGUUGACGAUACCUCAUGCUAAUACUUGUAGAUACUCAACAAAUCAUUAAGCGACUCUUUGUGCUUCUUCUGGAGAUUCAUAGCUUCAGGUUCGUCGUGCCAGACAUUCUAUGUACAGUUAUAUGGACAUCUACUAUUAUCUAUUGGAAUGAAAGCAUUGCUGCUGGCAGCAUAUGCAAAUUGAAGUUACAA